AUGGUAUCGAACCGGUCACUUCGAUAUUUUUGCUCCCGUAUUGUCUAUUCCUGAAUGAAAGUUCUUUUCCGCCGUUCUUUGUUCACCGGAUCGGAGGUUAGAAACAUGACUCGUAAGCGCCGUAAUGGAGGACGCGCCAAGCAUGGACGUGGUCACGUUAAAGCCGUGAGAUGCACAAACUGCGCGCGGUGCGUGCCAAAAGACAAGGCUAUCAAAAAGUUCGUGAUUAGGAACAUCGUAGAAGCGGCGGCGGUCAGAGAUAUUAACGAUGCCUCUGUAUACCCAAUGUUCCAGCUCCCUAAGUUAUACGCUAAGCUCCACUACUGCGUGUCAUGCGCCAUCCACAGCAAAGUUGUCAGGAACAGAUCGAAGAAAGACAGAAGAAUCCGUACUCCUCCCAAGAGUAACUUCCCUAGGGACAUGUCACGUCCACAGGCAGUGCAAAGGAAGUGAUUUAUUAUUAAAUAAAUAAUAAAAUAACA